CAUAGUAUUUUCCCGGGUAGAAGGGGAGAAAAACGGAUCAUUUGUGUUGUGGAUUUUAUUGUACCUAUUUGCAAAAUGGCCGACUGGAUUAAAACUGCACGCGGAUGGGUGUUGAGGGAACUGGAAAACACCGAAUACAGGGCAACACAGGAGAAGAUAAAUGCAAGAUCGCAAGCAGUAUCCUAUGACAGGGAAGUCAGCAUUGGGCGCAAUGUGAAGGCCACUGGAACAAAAGGACAAAGAAAACUGUCGGUGUGUGUGUCAGAGUUCAUAGAAUACAUGGCACUGCUGGAAAAUGUAACUGAUAUUAGGACACAGGCUUACCUUAAUGAUUUCAUGAUGUUACUGAUGACGAAAGGUAUUGGGAAAGCCAGCGGGUGCGCUCACAGGCAACUUUUCAAGAUUCUAGAGGCCAUGGUCAUAGAAGCAAUGAAUUCAGAGACAAAUAUUAUUCCGAUGAAAAACUUGUUGGUAUGUACAAUGAAGUCCAUGGUUGAUGAAAGUACGGGUAGGAUAGGGUCAAAAUCUCUCUGGAACAGACAUAUUCAGACAGUAGCAAAUCUGAGCACGAAGAUGGAACAGUUCGUUCUGACAGAGCGAGUUGAAGACGGACUUCCAACGCUUACAGACUUACCAAAAGAAUGCAUACGUGAGAUUAUGCUGAAACUUUCGGACCACAGGGACAUCAUUAAUCUUGGGAAGACGUGCUCGGAGUUAUAUUACGUGACACAAGACAGUUCGAUAUGGCAAAAACUCGUGCAAUAUCAUUUCUCGGAGAAGCAGAUGAGCAUGUUUAUAGAAGACACGGAAUAUAUUGAUUCCACUGUGUCUGUGUGGCAACAUCUACAUCACAAAUGUUCGAAAAAAUUUGGUUUAAAGAAGACAUAUACAGACCAGUUGGUUAUCUGUUCAGCCUGUAAGACCCUUCACUGGAUGAUGCAGGGGCACACGUGUUGGUCUGCGAAGAAAGAUGAAACUAGCGUUUAUCUAGAGCCUGUUGGUCCGAAUGAAUUAUUCUCUAUACUUUUUAGCAGCUAUGAGUUGAUUGGAAAAUCAAGCAAGACUGUACACCUUUAAAAGUUUAAUUCGACCCUUGGGCAAGGCGGAUAUUUUCCACGAGAUACUAGUUAGGCAUUUAAUUAUCGCCAAUCACUAGUAUGAGUGUGGUAUAUAUUAAAGACUAGUGCAACAUCAAGGAACUCUACGACGUUUACUGAAAUGCAUAUGUACACGAGUAUUCUAUCCUUUAUUUUACUUGAAAACGGCUUUAAAAAAAUAAUACAAAGAACUUGGCAAUGUCUCUAUCAUAUAGUGCUUUUUUUCUCCACAUGGUGCAAGUCUUGUGUUUUGUUUGUUUUAGACCACUUUUGACACUCGAUAGUAACUCAUUCAUUUAUGUUUCAGUCCUUAUCCACAAAUUCCUUACGCUAUGAAAUACGGUCUUUCAUUACCAGCAGUAGUGCGAUGAAUUCAAAUUACUUGCUCCUCACCGACGAAAGCUCCAGCCUCGCUUGGGG